AUGGGUGAGGAAAAUCCGUCGACAAACUCGUUAAGAAAGGAAGAACAUAUUUAUUUGGACGUGAUACACGUUGCUUCGCGCCCUCAGUCUAAAAGAUCAUUAUGUCCAACAGCGGCCAGUGACGAAUCUCUACAGCAACCCACUGUGGAAAAUGUGGCAACGAAGAAAAUGAGCAAAAAAUCUGGAAAUGUAGCAAACUGUGUUCUCAUUGCGGCAGUUAUAUUCCUAAGUGCAGUAUGCUGUGCACUAUGUGCGUUGUAUGUUAUUGAGAGAAGACAUAGUGCUAUGUUGGAGUCUGAAAAGAGCCGAGCCAAAGGUGUCACGGCUUCUACUCCUUCGACUGAUUGUACAAGGGUCAGUUCAGGUAAGAGAAUUAUAUUUUGAAAUGAAUUUCGAGUUAUUAUUGAAACGUGUGAUAAAACAAUAUCGGGAAAUUGUAGCUGGUCCGGUCGUUUAUAGCCUUGGGUCCUAAAAUUGCCAAGAUCGGUUAUACGAGCCAGUAAAAGCAAUACAGCCUACCUCUCGGCUCUCACAGCUCUUCCUAAAGUAAUAUUUGGCCAAAUAAGAAGAAGUUACAGAAAUGUUUCGAUCCCAGGGGAGGAUAUUGACUUUUCGACCAUGCCAGUGAAUUAGAGUUUUUAAAUAUGUUACCAAAGGUUGAAACAAAUAAUUAUAUGAAUAAUUUGCAUAAAUGAUGAAAGAUUGAUCAAACCAAAUCUGUGUUUUUAAAUUCACUUUUUCAAACAUGUGCAAAUUUGAUUUUUCUAAACAUUUUCGAGUGAGUUUGGAAAAUACAACGGCACAUAAAUGAAGACGUGAUCAUUAACAGUAGAAUGUUACUCCAAGCUAUAAAUUGUAUUCCCUUGAGCAUUCUAGUACGCCGUACUUGUUCAAAUUGCUACCGUGACGUAUUUACACUAUUUUCACGACUCGCAACCACGCCAACAAUAAAAUUUAAACUAUUUUAGUUGGCAAUAAUUACUAUUGCUACUUAAUGGUUGUUUAUAAAGAAAAGUACUCUUAAGAGCAAAAUAAUAAAGUUUAGUGUAUGCUUUGGCUCGCAUACAAAUAUGUAAAAAAUCUGUAUUCCAACAUAGUCUGUCAAGAUAUGGUGGUCUGGACGCCAGGCAAACUUCAAAGCUACAACAGUUUUGGGAAAAUAAAUGUUAGUUAGUGGUUGGAGUGACUCGACAAAAUUUCCCUUAAUAACUUGGCAAAUUUCAGUUAACAUUCAAGGAGGAUAACGCCGACCCUGCGAGGUUGAUGAAAUAAUUCUCUUGUUUGAAUUAACUAUAUCAGUAUAUGUUGGGCGACUGGGUUUUGAAUGCUUUAUUGACAAUUUUCAAAUUAAAGAUAUAUCGUUUUGGAAGGGUGCCAUGCAUAGAAUAGGUGGAUUGCAACCAACCUCUUAGACUAAAGAGACAAUAAAACGGCUGCCAUUUUUGUGCUAAAUUUAAUGAAAGACAAUGAGAUUCUUUUGCUGAAGUCCCACUAUAACAUGGCCGCCGUGACGUAACGUGCAAUCGACUAGCUUAUAUUCACAAAAAGCAUUGUACAAUAAUAUAUAUGCUUGCAUAUCUCGAGCUAUAUAGGGAUUAAAGAGGAGUCGAGCUAUAUAGGGAUUAAAGAGUCAUCGAAUUAAAGAGACAGUGUUAGAACAUCUGAAAAUCUUAGCUGAUAUGUUUUCUCAAAUGUUUCCCCUAUAUAUUUGGUAACACUCGGCUUCGAGAAUAUUGCUGGGGAAAUAUCUGAAAUCUUUAUGUUUUCUCAAAUGUUUCCUUGUUUUGAGAAAAUCUUAAUGUUUCCUCAAAUGCCACACUCGAGGGUAUUAAUUGUUGCGGAAAUACCGGAAAUAUUAAAAAAUAUAUUCUUCACAUUUUAUAGUUAAAUGUUUCCCUGUUUAGUCACGCUCGAAAACAUCAAAAGCGAUUUUUUUAUGUCGCUCAUUUGCGCUGAAAAGUGUUUUAAAAAACCUUUUUUUUAAUUAAAUGAUGCCAGUCUGAAUGUCUGAACACCGGCCGACAAACUGAAAAGUUGUACCGACCUGUACUCGAUAUACACACACUGUUUGUUUUGUAGUUUUAUUGCGUUGUGUAUUUGAAACUUAACACGAAUAUUUCACAAUCUCAAACCUUAAACUCACUGUAUUCAUACUGGAUAUAGUACCAGCAGAUGAAAGCCUGGAUUGUGCUGCCAUGGAAUCAGAAUUAGAGAGAAGAAAAGCUGUCUACAAUAAAAAGUGCUCAACUGAAACUAGCGAAGUGGAAACUGAUCGAAAUCAAGAACAGAACAUUGACACUACGCCUAAGGACUGUAAGUCUCUUAUUUCUACUUCAUAAAAUCAAGGGAUAGAUGACAAUUAGUAUAAUCAGGGGCAUAGGAAACUCAGCUUUUCGAGUGUCUGUGAGGAGGAUCGGGGAGGGAGGGGGGCAACCAAAAUAGCGCGGAAGGUAAUAAUACCAAACUAAAGGGGUUUGAAUUAAAUCUAUAUGUCCAUUGGAAUGCUGUUCCAAUUGUCGGCAAACUUCUGUUUUUUUGCAGUUUAACUCCAAUAAAAAAAUUGCGUGCCCAGUUGUGACACAAUAUGCAUAUCCAGGACAGCUUAUUGCUUUCAGUCAAAAUAUUUCAAGAAUCAAUUAAAGCACGAUGUGAAAAAUCUGUAACAAGUUUUUUUUAGCUAAUUUUCAAGACUAUUUAUGUUAAAAGUUUGAUUGUUCUUCAAUCGCAUAUUGAUAAGCAACUAAGCUGUCAUACUAGUAAAUGUUUCAUAAAUCAAACCAAGAUUUAUUUUCCACCUUGAUCAAGAUAUUCUUCAGCUUGCCCGGUGUAGAGCCACUUACAGUAGCAUCAUCUAGAAUAAUUGUAUAUACCUGAGUUUGAACACCGCAAUCAUUAGAUUUAAUAUUAUAAGAUAUGUAUACAGAUAUCGAAGGAACUAGAUUGGGUUCCCAAAUAUCAUCUACUCGAAUCGACUUGACCUCUCAGCUCAGUUGAUUGUGUAAUCGAGUCAAGCAAUAUUUUUUGCUAGACAAGUAAACUACGUUUUUAUAUAUUGAAGGCAUGAACAAAUCCUUGCAGUUCCAAUCCUCCUCUGACAGACUGACGUCACAAAGUACAGUGACGAUGAAGUCAGCAACAGUAUGUUUCUGGUGCAAGACAUCCCCAGGUGUAUUACACUAUGUUAAAUACAAAGAGCCGAAUCAUGGAAAAGGCUUUGAGAUUGUCGAAAAAAAAUCAUCUACGCAGAGGUAGGUAAUUGCCUUAGAGGCAUUAUCAGCUUGUCAGUCACAGAUGACUGAGAUGAGGUUGAUCGGAGGACUACAAACUUGGACAAAACCCUUGUUAUUGGCUAUGAGAUCAAAUGUCAUAUUCAUGAGUAUUACAAUUUCGCCCCCUCCCCAAUUUAAUGUUGCUUGGAUGAAACCGAUACAUCAGUACUGUACAUCUAAAUAUAUACACUAGGUCUCAACUCAUGCAUGGAUUUCAAAUUUGCAUUAGAGAUUUGUUAAACUAUAUCAAUUCCUUAAAUCAUUCAUGCUUUCUGUUUCAAAACGCAGCACAACUGGCACAAACUGGCAUUCGUUUUGUUGGAUACUGUCAACUGGUGAAGAAUUUAAAAAAUUGUAUAAAGACGGCAAACUGGUCAGUAAGAGAGAGAUCAACCGCGAGACAGGGAUACGAGGUGGUGGGACCUGGGAACUUGGGCUACGCUUGGAUACGCCAGGAGGUCAAACGGCUGGUGCCGACGCUAAGCCGAAGCAAUACGGUGAAAUUACUUCAGUCAAUGUUUGGAAUAGAAUCUUACGUAAGAAAGAACUUAUGGAAAUUAUGGCUAGUUGUUUGUCCAAAUAUCAAGGCAAUGUGAAAUCUUGGCAGGAAUUCAAGUCUGCAGUUCAAGGGAAUGUUAAACUUGUAAAGUCGACUUGUUGUAAAACAUAGGUCUAAAACAUUUAUACAAGGUGUAUAAAAAAGUGAGCAAUUUUCAAAUGCCACUAAACUCUCCCAAAAUAUCUAUUGGAACCAAAACAUCCUGCCAUCCGCGAUCUCGUUUUAUAAUUAGAUCAAUAAUAUCAGUGGAAAGCUCAUACAUAUAGUUUUUAGACAGUGUAUUCUGAUAAUGAACUGUACAGGCCGCCAUUGCCAAGUAGUAUUGGUUGACUACAGCAAUCAAACGCAGUACUUUAUGCUCAAACACAAACAUGUCGAAAUGCUUUACCUGUCGACAAGUCGACAUGCUUCGAAGCGAAACCUGAAUUUCUAAAACUCAGCGG